UAUGAGGCAGACGUGUUGUCACGUUUAUCGUAUUAUAUCGGUGCUGGUCUAUUACAUCUCGUCCCACAUAAUCUACAUCUCAGAAAGCACUCACUCGCUCACGCAUGUGUUACAUUGACUUGCAUCGGUUGACCAUUGCCCCACUGAUUUAUUUUUAAUACAUCAUCUUCAUAAUUCGUUAGGCAACAACCCGCUUACGAUAACCCGAUUUCAUCGGAAAAAAAUGCGAGAUAGGAAAUCCAGCAGUUUUAAACUGAUGAAUCUACAUCGAUAGUUCAGUACUUCACGGUCAUCGAAUUCAUUAACAAAGCAGUCGAUUGCUGUAUAAAAGGAUCGGAUAGAUUUAAUAAAAUCGGUUAUCACCAAUCGAGUAAUCAACGAUGAAGUGUUUUGUGCUCUUCUAUUUAUUUUGCAUUUCAAAAAGCUUGUCGGUUAAUGGUAAUCCAAAGGUGAUUAUCGUUGGUGCUGGUGCGGCGGGUAUAGCAGCGGCUUCCAAAUUAAUACAGAAUGGGAUUGAUGAUGUCAUCAUUCUAGAGGCUGAGAACAGAUAUGGGGGGAGGAUUAACUCAACGAGGAUCGGGGAGUACUGGGCGGAUCUGGGGGGCCAAUGGGUCCACGGGGUGGAGGGAAACGUCGCUUAUGAACUCGCCUCGCCACUGGGACUCCUUUCGAAAUCUCGUCGCCCAGGCGGACCUGAAGAGCCUCCACUUACAUCUAAGCUACGUGAAUCUACGGGGAAUACAUUGUCAGAGGAAAUUACGGCGGCUCUACUAGAGCAUGUGGAAUCUAUCUCUUCUAAUUACACGGGAAUUGAAGAACUGAAGACCGGCUCUUAUGGAGAAUAUUUCGAAACAAAGUUCAAGGACUGGUUUGAAAAGCAUCCGGAAAUCAGCGCUAACUUGCGAAAGCCAUUACUACAUAAUAUGGAACUAAUGACAAUGGCAGCGGAAGGUGCAGAUGACUGGAAUAAAGUAUCUAUACUUGGAUCUACACAAGCCCCUGCGUGCGCUGGUUUCAACGAGAUCAAUUGGAAGGAUAGGGCUUAUGGCACAAUUUUAGAUAUCAUGAUGAAAAGGUAUCCAAAUCUCGAUGAUGAACUGCCUGUUUUGAAUAAAACUUUGCUGAAUAAAAAAGUCUCAAAGAUAAAUUAUGGCGAGGAAGGAUCGGUAAAAGUGACCACUACAGAUGGGAAUGAAUACACGGCUGAUCAUGUUAUUUUUACUGCAUCAUUGGGAGUUCUCAAGGCAGAUCAUGCGAGAAUUUUUAAGCCUCCUCUGCCAGAAAAAAAUAAGAAUGCUAUUGAGCGACUAGGAAUGGGUAAAAAUGCGAAAAUCCUGAUGUAUUACGAGAAUCCCUGGUGGAAAUCUCGAGAAAAUACACACAAUUCGUUCUAUUGGACGGAGGAGGAUAGGAAUGAAAUAGAAAAUGACUCUGACAAAAGUUGGCUGUUAGGAUUGGCGUACGACAGCAUAGUCGAGUAUAAACCGAAACUGUAUUUUCUCUGGUUGAGCGGACCCUACGCUGAACAGAUGGAGCGAAUCCCUGAUGAUCAGUUGAGAAAUCAGACUGUGGAAUUCCUCCAAAAAUUCUUGGGAAGCACUGGCAACAUAACAGAACCCACCGAAAUCAUAAGAUCGUUCUGGAACACCAAUGAGAAUUUCCGUGGGUCUUACAGCUUCCCAACGAUGCAAUCUGUCGGAACUAACGCGGGUCCUCAUGAUCUAGGAACGCCGGUAAUGCGGAAAGGAGUUCCUGUUCUGCAAUUCGCGGGUGAAGCUACUGAUCCGGCUCAUUUCUCGAAUGUCCACGGGGCGAUUGUUUCCGGCUGGCGGGAGGCGGAUCGACUGAUAAAUUUGUAUUCCAAAGAAUAAAUUCUUGGCAUUUCAAUGAAAUGUUAAACCCGUUUGCAUCAG